UUUUACACAGAGCAAACACAAGAUCUCUCAGAGCUGAGGAUUGUUCUGUUAGGAGGGAGGUGGACUGGGAAAAGUUCAGCAGGAAACACCAUCCUGGGAAGAGAAGAGUUUGUCACUGAGGGAAGAACUGCACAGUGUGUGAAGAGACAGAGGGAAGUGGCUGGGAGGCAGGUCACUGUGGUCGACACACCAGGAUGGAGGAAGAGCUGGUCUGUGGAAAAUACUCCAGAGUUGGACAAACAGGAGAUUGUGCACAGUGUGUCUCUGUGUCCCCGAGGACCCUGUGCUCUGUUCAUUGUUUUAAGGGUAGAUGCAUCAUUCACAGAGACAGACAGGAGGUCAGUGGAGGAACAUCUGGAGCUUCUCAGUAAGACAGUCUGGAGACACACUAUAGUGCUGUUCACCAGGGGAGACCGGCUGGGAGACAGAACUAUUGAGCAGCACAUAGAGGCUGAAGGGGAGGCCCUCCGGUGGCUGGUUGGGAAAUGUGGGAACAGGUAUCAUGUUCUCAACAAUGAGAUGAGGGGUGAUGUCACUCAGGUCACUGAGCUGCUGGAGAAGGUGGAGGAGCUGGUGGCUCGAAACAGUGGACGUCACUUCACUGUGGGAGAAAGGAUGGAAUCCUGGGAAGAGUCAUUAGAAAGAGCAGGAAUCAGUAAAGUGAUCAAACAAAAGAUUGAGGAGGAAAUGAACAGAAGAGAAGAAGAGCUGAUAGAGAAGAUGUCAUUACUGGUGGUUGAUGAAUCUGCAAGGAAGAUGAGGGGCAGUUUGCCUUCAAACCCUCCAUGUUUUAAUGAACAAUCUCCACCCCCCUCUGAAGCUGGACAUUCAGUACUGGAUGGAGAACUGGGACAUCGGCUGGUCAGCAAGAAGGUGUCAGAUUGGCUGGAGAAUUACCAAGCAGGGUCAUCUGUAUCUGGUUAUGGAACACAGACAUCUGCAUGGAACCAAAGCUAUAAUUCAAGUGAAAAUGCUCCCUCUGAAGCUGGAGACUCAGUACUGGAUGGAGAACUGGGACAUCGGCUGAUCAGCAGGAAGGUGUUAGACCGGCUGGAGAAAUACAAAGCAGGAGGAUCAUCAUCUGGUUAUGGAACACAGACAUCUGCAUCUGCAGCUCCAUCUGAAGCAGGAGAUUCAGAAGAGGGAUUGAGACAUCAGAUGUUAAGCAAGAUAAUUAAACCAUUUACUGGGAAAUGACAUUGUAAUGAACUGUUCAGUAUGUAAAAUCAAGUGAGCAGGUGCCCCACUGGAUAACAUGGUUAUCUUCUCCUUCGUAUGCAGUGAAGGUUUUGGCACCCAUUUGUGUCUUGAGCUGCUCAGUGUAAGACUGGUUCUGGGAGGGACAGUGAAAAGAACCACAUGAAACAGGGAUAACAGACAGGAAUAAGGACCUUAUUUGGGGACAGGAGCAAAGAAAAGUCUUAAGACAAUAGUGGGGAGGAACACAAACAAUAGUCACCAUUUUGGCUUCAGCUGAGAGAGCAAACAGAACCAGCUGUAUAUGAUCAGUAAUAUCAGAAAGUAUUACUACUGCAUUAUAGUGAGCAGACACUCUGAAGUGAGUCAUGUGGAAAGUGACAGACUGCACUGUAACAGUAAUAAAUUCAUUACUGUUGGGAUUCACUAAGCUGAGAGUCUGGAGGGUUUCAGGAUGUGCCUGCCAAGACUCCACAGGGGUUCACAGUCAGAUAUUCCACGGUUAUAAAGACCGCUAAUGUGAGGCCGGUUGCUGAGACAAAGAUGCACAUCGUACCCAAGCCAAGACUUUUAAUAUCAAUGAUAUAGUAUGCAUUUACACUAACAAAUAUUAUG